CGCAUCGAAGAGACGUGCCAUAUAAGUGCCGAUGGCACUCCCACCUCCUGUUCACUCAGGACAAGGAUUUCACACCAUGAGCACUCCUCUACUGCUCGCGCUCCUACUGGGAGUAGUAGCAAUUUCCUACUCUGAAGAGUCGCACAAAUGGCCCAGCUGGAAUAACUAUGGCAAGAGCGAUGCAAGAUGUGAAAGAGCGUUCAAUCUCCAACUCCCCUUCCGAGUACGUUGCCGUUACCUCUGCAAAGGAUGGCCAGUUCGUGCUGUUAAUGAAGCCGACGGGGAGCCUUGCGCGGCUCUCUUCCGCGGGACUGGAAAGUGUCAGAACGGACGGUGCGUGGUAGGCGAUUCAACAUGGUCCGUCUCGCGGCCAGGCAUGGAAUACACCGGAAGGGGUAGGCCCGAACCAACGCCAGAGACAAGCACAGAGCCUCCGGCGUCUCAGGGUGGAAGCGAAGCCGAAGGAGCGCAGCCUGUCCCUGACGCCGCGCCUGAAUACCCAGUUGCAACAGAAGCACCUGCUGAGCCCGAACCUGCCCCUGCAUCUGAGGAGCAACCUGGAGUGGAGCCGGAGACGCAACCUGAAGUGGGAGCUGUGCCGGAAGGUGCGGCACCGGAAGACAAUGAGGCGUCUUCUGAGUCACAGCCUGAGGCAGAGCCGGAAACUCAACCCGAACCACAGCCGGAGGCAGUGCCGGAGCCCGAUGCACAGCCAGAACCAGAAGCACCGCCACAGCCCGAAGCACAGCCUGAGCCACAACCUGAAGCACAGCCAGACCCACAGCCCGAAGCAGAGCCUGAAUCACAGCCUGAGGCACAGCCUGAAGCCGAACCUGAAGCACAGCCUGAAGGACAGCCAGAGCCACAGCCAGAGCCACAGCCUGAAGCACAGCCGGAAGCACAGCCGGAAGCAGAACCUCAGCCAGAGCCGCAGCCUGAAGGCUCUGUCGGAGCACAGCCCGAACAGCCAGAGGCGCAACCGGCUGAAGCACCAGAAAUUCCCUCAGUUGGACAACCAGAAUCGGUGCCAGAAGGCGAACAAGGCGGCGCGUCCCAGCCCGAGCCGCAACCAGGCGGCUAUGCUGAAAAUGAGGUGCCUCAGUAAAGAAAGUGUUGCUUACAUAGUA